AUGAACGACCAAGUGGAGAACCCAGAAGACUCAAAUGAAAUGCUCCGACGCGAUCAACUACGCCGGAGCUUCGCAGGUCUCUCUUCCUCUCAUUCCCCCCCUCCAGCAUCCAUCAUGACCAACCUAUCACCCACCACAAGCCUCAGUCUAGACUCUACUCCAGCCACACGUACUCGUUCUUCUUCAGAUGCUGCUUCACGCUUGAAAGAGUUGGCUGCUCCGUCUCCCCCCACCGCUAGUUGGCGUGAUUGGCUCACUCCCUCAACCACAACCCAAAAGUCCCAGGAACGCUACUUAGACACUCCAGAUAACUCCAUCCAAAGCAAGCACGGCGACCUAAAGUCUAAAUACAAUAUACCCAAAAACCCACUCGUUUUCUGCCAUGGCUUACUAGGCUUCGAUCUAAUCGGACCGAUGAACAUGCCGGCGCUGCAGAUAUCCCAUUGGCGGGGGAUAAAGGAGGUUUUAGAGGAAAAUGGUGUCGAGGUGUUGAUGACGAGAGUCCCCGCAACGUCAUCUGUGCAAGAUCGAGCUAAAGUGCUCGACGAACAAAUAGCCGCGAGUUUUCCAGGACGGGAUGUGAAUCUCGUAGCCCAUUCUAUGGGUGGUCUCGACUGUCGUCAUCUUGCAUCCCACCUAAACCCAAUACGCUACAACAUACUCUCCAUUUCCACCAUCAGCACUCCUCAUCGCGGCUCGACGUUUGCUGACUACAUGAUAGAUGAUGUCAUCGGAAGACACCGUCUGCCGACACUACUCUCCAACCUGCCCAACCGUGUAGUUCCACUGCUCAGCGGGGAUGGAAAGGCAUUUGAGGGAUUGACGACGCGAGCGAUGGAGCAUUUCAACAAAAACACUCCUAAUCUCCCCACUAUCAAGUACUUUAGUUAUGCUGCUAGACACGACCCAGGCAUUUUCGACACUUGGCGCUAUCCGUGGAGCGUGAUUGUUGAACGUGAGGGCGAAAACGAUGGACUGGUUUCGGUGAGAAGCGCCCAAUGGGGUAAUUUUAUGGGCACUAUUGAUGGCGCUAACCACCUUGAUCUGGUUGGGGCUAUAAAAUACAAACCAGCGACUUUCUACAUGGAGAUUGCAGAUAAUCUCGCAAACAAUGGCCUUUAA